AUGCAUGCAGCGCCCCCGCUUGCCACUGUGAGCACUCGAAAACAACUGAAGAAGAAGAAGAAGAAGAAGAAGAAGAAGAAGAAGAAGAAGAAGAAGAAGAAGAAGAAGAAGAAGAAGAAGAAGAAGAAGAAGAAGAAGAAGAAGAAGAAGAAGAAGAAGAAGAAGAAGAAGAAGAAGAAGAAGAAGAAAGCGGUAAACAAGGACGACAUCGUCGUCAACGAGGCGCUUGGCAGCGAGGCUGAAUAUGAGGAGGCUGCUGGCCCGAUUCCUUCAUUCCCUGAGAAGGAGAUGCCGAAAGACCCCAACCUUCAUAAUCCCGAUUCCCGUCCACCUUCCCCUCGCAGCAAGGACCAGAACCUGCGGAGGCCUCCGCACCCCGUGGUGCUGCAGUGGAUCGCGGAGGCUUGGGAUCAAGUCCCCAAGCAGGUCAUCAUCGACGCGUUCCGCCACUGUGGGAUUUCAAGCAAGCUGGACGGAACGGAGAACCACCUGGUGAUGUCUCACCUACGCGCUAGGAGCACCACCGAUGUCUCCGAGGACAUGUGCCUCUGGGGGACUACGGGCGACAACACGCGCCUGCUUGGGCAGGCUCCAAAGGAGGAGGAGGAGGAGGAGGAGGAGGAGGAGGAGGAGGAGGAGGAGGAGGAGGAGGAGGAGGAGGAGGAGGAGGAGGAGGAGGAGGAGGAGGAGGAGAUGCAGGCAGAGGGCGUGAGGGAGGUGGCCGUGGCAACCGACCUGGAGGUGCUGUACCAGGAGACCCCCAAUUACCGUGGAGCGGCGGCCGAGGCUGACCGCAUGAUCGAGCCUAGGGAGACGGCUAGGCAUGCCUGGCGAGUGCCAGACCUGGGUGUUAGAGAGCCUGCUGUUAGUGCAGGUGGGGAGGCGGUGACUGAGGGGGGUUAUGUAGAAGUAGAGAUUCAUGAAUGUAUGCAUGUACCCCCUUACAGUAAGCAAGGAUCGUUUAGAUGA